AUGUCCUCGGUCGCCGCCCGCCGAUUCUUCACCACCACCGCCCGCCGCCUCACCACCGAGGAGAAGGCGAACGCCAAGGCUAGCAACAGCCCAGCUAUCGCCCUUGGUGCUGGUGUCGCCAUUACCUUCACCGGCGCCAUGCUCUACUUCCGCAACUCCAAGAAGGUUGGCGACGAGGCUCCCUGGGACGCCGAGACCCUAGCCAAGCACAAGGCUGCGAAGGACGCCCCUAGCGCCCUCAACGCCGUUGUCGUUCCCGCCCUUACUCUCCCCAAGGAUGUCCACGACAGGCUCAACAAGUGGGGCAAGGACGACGGAUACCCGUAA